CGAGGACGCACGGUCGUUGCUCCGGCCGUCUGCUGCCGCACGCGCGACGAAUUAAAAAUAAAACUUAUUUUGCGGCUGUUUAAGAGUGUAUCCUGUUUCCUUUGCCGCAUUCCUAUAAUAUUUACUUGAACAUAUGGAAAAGAUUCCAGUGCGGAUAUUUAGGUACUAAUAUAGGUACUUAAAUGUUAUGUAUUGGCUUUUUAUCCAGCUCAUUUUGUAACCUGGAUUCUAAAGAAUGCCAUUGUUGUGCAGUGUUAAUGAAUUAUUCAUUCUUAAAUGUGCGGGAUAAGCAAGUGAAUAAGAAAUUGACUUAAGAAGUUAACAGACUUUCUUUUGUUUAUUUUCCCGAGCGUCUACGGCUAACGUUGCAAAUUUAAUCCAGCAUUGUUGGAACAAUUUAAAACUUUGGCUAGGUACUUUUCACUGUAAUGAUGGAUUGGCGCGAAAAACUGUUCGGAAGAGUGCUGGUAAAAUGUUCGUCUCCAGGAACGGAGAAUGGAAACUUUGAAAACGUUCCUACCUUAGAGGCUUUGUCUGACUGCAUUGAGGAAGGAGACGGUGUUGUGUGUGGAAUAUACUUCUCUUUUGCAAAUAUAAGUGAUGAAAGUGACGAUUUUGGAGUUCGUUUAGAGGAGAUUUACAAGAAAGUGCAUCCAAAACUAAAAGUGGUGCAAGUGGUUUUGUGGGCGCAUGUUGGAACCCCUGAAGGCCUUGCGGAGAGGGAAGCAGGAUUCAGGCGGAGUUUAACUGGAAAACCUUGGUUUGCUGUUCCAUUCCGUGAAGUUGAUAUUAAGAGGCGGCUGACGCAGAAGUACAGCAUCGCGGUGGGGGUGCCCACGCUGAUCGUGCGGGGGCGGCCUGUGAGGGACGCCCUGCUCAGUGAUGCCACCGGGGAAAGGUUCCCGUGGCCGGCGCCUCCACUGCGCGAGGUGCUCCGCGGGGUGACGCUGCAGGCCAGCGCGGGCGACGCCAGCGCCACCUACGACGACCUGCCGCAGGACGGGGUCAGGCUGUACUAUUUUGCUGCUCAUUGGUGCCCGCCCUGCCGCUCGUUCGCGCCGGGCCUGUGCGCCACGCUGUCUGCCGUGAGGAAGCGCCGGGCCAAGUACGCCGCCACGCAGCUCAUACUCGUGUCCAGUGACAGGAGCGAGCAAUCCUACCAGCGCACAGUCCAGUCAGUGUCCUCCGUCGGCGCACUCUGCGUGCCGUGGUCAGCCAGCGAGGCUCGCCUGGCGCUGAUGCCGGCAGCUCUGGGCGUGGCGGGCAUCCCGGCACUCGUCAUCACGGAUGCGGCUGGGAAAGUGCUGACGGCUAAUGGGAGGAAUCAUUUGGCUAUUGACCCUUUGGGGCUGAACUUUCCGUGGGCCAACCGGCCGGUGUCCGUGCUCACCGAGCAAGCGCUUCUUAAAAUGGCGCGCCAUCCCGCCGUCGUUAUAUUUAUAGACGACGAAGACUCCGAAAUCGAAUUCGCCGAGUCAGUUCUAACCUCCUCAGCCAGCUCUUACUACGAGGAGUGCAGCAUCCAGUUCCCCGGCUUCUGUCCCUAUCAGAACUCAUCCGAUGACGAGUCCAUAGACUUCGACUACCCGACGUCACGCUCCAACCCGCGGCACAAGAAGAGCAAACCCUUCAAACAUGUCAUGUUUUAUAUCGGUAUUGAUGGCACAGACAGCGCAGACAUGCUCAGAGAACAUAUUGGUCUUGACGAUGCUGUCCCACUUCUGACAGCCAUAGACUUCACCAAACAGAGGAUGGUCACGAUGAAGUAUGGGGAUGAAAUUACGACGGAUUCCGUGCAGAAUUUCGUGGAUGCGUACUUGAGCGGCAAUGCGGACUUCAAGCCGCUCAAACCGUAUAGUGAGAAAUGUUAAAUUACUUCAUUUCACACGGUAGGGGUUUCGGCACAAGGGACUUCAUAUGUUUGAAAUGUGGUAUUAUGAAUAUUAUUUACGUAUAGAAGCAAUUUUGUAGAGAAUAUUAGAUUUAUAAGGUGUAUCUAAACAUUCAUUUGUGUCGUAUGUACUAUAGGUACCUAUGAAAUAGUGAAAUGAUAAUAAUCAAUAGUGAAAUUAUGCAUUUAGCUGGUAUUUGGAUGAACCGACCCUAGAAAAGUAUCAAAAAUAUGCACACCCUACUCUGUGUUGCCAUAUGAUUCAAAUUUACCAGAAUAAAGAGAUUGAAAGUAGUGUACUAGAUUUUAUAUUACUCUUUGAACUUGUAGGUAUAGAUUAAAUAUUAGAUAAAUCAAAGGUACAUUAUAUUAUCUUACCGAACCUAUCUGGUAUUUUUAAAACUAAAUAAUAAAACACAAAAUUAUUUAGCAUGUUUAGGAUCUGCCAACUUUUUGCUAGGGGAUUCCCGCUACAGAACUUAUUUUUUUGAAGUUUUCCUCAUAGUUACGGUGCACACGGAGCCUGUGGUUGAACCUUUUGUGAAAAAAGAUGACCGCUGUCGCCACAACAACCGAACCUCUUUAGUAUUUUUUUCAAUCUCAUCUACCUAGUAUUUUCAAAAGAAACUUUACUUGAUGACUAGGUUUAAUUUGACUUGUACUAAAGUUAAUAAAAUUAUGUUUUCAAUGGUAAAUAAUAAAGUUUCAGGUUGUCGCACUGUUUUUU